AUGAAAAGCAGUGCGUUCAGUUGGUACGAGUGCUGGAAAACAAUGAGGAGGAUGGGUGACGCAGACGCAACAGCAGCCGCUGCAACAGCCAGCCGUCCCAGUCGUCGUCAGUCAUUUGUCCACAGAGGUGAAAUAGUGAAUUGCAUACGGAGGCCGCUGGCCGUUAAUUCCUCUUCCCCACGCGCCCCUCUCCCGUCCACCCUCCCAUAUUCUAUAUCAUUCUGCACUGGUUUACCGACGAAUGAGUGA